GAUGGGCGCGGGUGUCUCGUCCCUGGGAGCGCGCUGCGCGUGCGCAGCAGCCGUGGCCGCCGCGGGCUGCUGCUGGAUGGCUGCGCGCAGCCUCGCGCGGCGCGGGAGUCGUGCGGACCGCGCGCUCGUCGUGCUGACGGGCUGCGACUCGGGGCUGGGGUUCUCGCUGGCGCUGCGCGCGCUGGCCCGCGGCGCCGUCGUGCUGGCGGCGUGCCUGGACGAGCGCGGGCCCGGCGCGGCCAGGCUGCGGCAGGCGGGCGCCACAGUCGCGCCGCUCGACGUCACUGACGGCGACAGCGUGCAGCGGCUGGCGCGCCGGGCCGCCGACCUCGUGCGCGACGACCCCGGCUUGGAGCUGAUAGCGCUGGUCAACAACGCUGGAGUCAUGGUGUUCGGGGAGUUCGAGUGGCAGACAGAGAGGCUCAUCCGGCACCAGGUGGAAGUGAAUCUCCUGGGCACCAUGCGGGUCACCAAGGCCUUCUGCCCCCUCAUCAGGCAGCACAAAGGUCAGCGGUCACCGAUCGCAGCGCCGCACGCAUUCAUGGGCCCCACCCUCGCCGAGCCUGCUUGUCCUGCGCGCAGGGAGGAUCGUGACUGUGACGAGCCACUGCGCCAGCCAGUCGCUCCCUGGUCUCGCGGUGUACGGCGCCACCAAGGCAGCUCUGGAGGGCUGGUGCGACGGGCUGCGCGUCGAGCAGAGCAAGUACGGCGUCAAGGUCAUAACGCUGGUGCCAGGCUACUUCAUGAUGAACAGCAACCUGAUGGCGCGCCACCACGACCACGUGGCGGAGAUGCAGCAGGCCAUGUCCGCGGAGGACCGCGGCUUCUUCGGCGACUACUUCGGGCGCUUCCACGCGGCCUUGGGCGUGUUCGCCGUGCGGCGCGAGCCGGCCAGCAUCCAGGACGAGCGAUUGCACCGCAUGUUCGAGGCGGCGGUGCUGUCUCCGGCCCCCGCGGCGCGCUACCGCAACUCCCCGCUGCGCUACUCCGUCUACCACUGGCUGUUCGCGCUCGCGCCCACCUGCGUGCGGGACCGGCUCAUGGAGCGCUUCAUGUCCAUGCCCGAGUGGCACGCCGCCUAGCGCGUUCCCGGCAACCCGAACACUGUCACUCCUUGUGGCCCGAACAAGCACUACACUGAACUCUUGAAUUACACGUUCAAUCCAACUAGCUACCGCGCUGUGUGCGCUUACACAAGUGCGGUAUUAGUUUUACAGUUAGAUAUAGGUUCAUUUCUUACCUAACAUACCACUAGUAGCCUAAGUAACCUAUUUUUAGCUUUAAAUGUCGUUCUUCGUUAAUGAGAGAAUUUUUUUUUUAUAAAUAAUAAAAUGUGUGUGUUCACUAGAUUCUGUCUAAUACAAUUUUUUUUUCUACGUUGUUCCUAAAUUUUACAAAAAAUUUAAAGCUACGCAAUAUAAAUAUUUACGCCCACUUUCUGAAGGAACAUUUAUUGCCUCAUUUAAUUUCAAAAUUCUUGUGCUGUUAUGGAGUUUAUUUUCAAAAAUCAAAUUUUUCUUAGGACUUCACACAACAUUAAUUUCUCGUAGACUAAUACAACCAAGGAUUGUGUUUCCGUUUAUGUCCAUUGUAGCUAGGCCUCUGUGCUUGUUUUUUAUUGUGUGUUUUUUUUUGCAAUAACUAUAUGUGUUAAUACUUGUUUUAUUUGAAGCAAAUAGUUCUAAACUAAACGUUUUCAGAUUAUCUGGAAUGCACUAUAAAGAGGCAGUCUUCGGAAAUGUUUUUAGUAUUAAUUUAAUUUUGGUUCUGGAAUCAUUCCUCAACAACUUACAUUAUUUCCGCUUCCUUAGGAGAAACUUAUUUGAAUAGUGGCAUGAUACUGAUUUUUUUAAUCUUCUUACUCUAGACUAAAAUCAUAGUGUGAUAAUGAAUUCAUAACAUUCCGUGCCUUUCGAUAACAACCAAACGCACAAAUAAAGAUAAUUAUUGUAACUGUUUAGUUUUUGUAUGAAAAUGUUUUUAAUGUAAUGAAUUAAAAAAAAAAUUAUAUAUUUUUUUUUAUUUUGUGAGCAUGUUUACUGGGAAAUCUAUAUGACCUCUUUACCUAAAGAUUUUUCGUCCAGCUGCUUGCUGGCAACCAUGUAAAAACAAUUUGACAGUGUUACACAGGCUUCAAACCAGUUGUAUUUAUUCACAAACAAAUUUUAAUGUUAUUUUAUGUAAAUAUAAAAAAUAUAUGAUUAUAAUGGAAUUAAAUAAACAGUGUUAUCUAUAUUUUAUAUAAAUUUUUAUCUCAUUUAUUUAACAUCAUUUCUAGUAAGCAAUAUUAUCUAGAUAGGCUACUUCAUUUCGUAAGGAUCAUGAGAUAUGUCAUUUGCUCAUUUGCUGCAACCUACAUUGAAAAUUAAUAUCUGGUUGAAGUUACAAAAUGUUUUAACAUCCUUUUUUUUUAAUGAAUAUUGGCUUCCAAACAUAAACAACUACAGAAAAAAAUACUAUUUUAAUUUUGACGUUAAUGCCAAAAAAAUUGUUGGUGAUUGGAAUCCAGGUUUGUUGUUAAUCACAUUUUGUUCAAUCAGCAUUAUAUUUAAUAAUAUACUAAAACACAUUAAUUUUUACAAAGAUAUUUUUUACCCAAAAUGUUUACUGCCUCACUGUU